UUUAUUUUUGUAAAACGUAAAGCGAAAAAAUCAUGUAAGGAAUCAGUCUUCGUGCUGAAAUCGUUGUAGUCUGUUGGUUUCUGGUUUUUCGCGGGGGAAAAUCUCCGCUGUAUAUUUGAACAACGACAAAACACACAUAGCGAUGAUUGUGUUGCUUUGUACGCAGUGAAAAUAUUUUUGUUUUUUGAAAGUAAAUAACAAGAAACUGGAAGAAUUUCUUCGACGGUGAAAAUUUUAAGAAAGUGAAGAAAAAAUGGAAAAAUUAUCGAUUCGAAAAAUGAUUCGUGAAAUUAUUUGUGAUUGAAUUUUGUUGUGUAAUAAAUCAAAUGUGAUUUUUUUAUACUCACAAAAAGGACUAUCGAGCCUAAGUGAAUUUUUUUUUUCUGUGUUUUGCGGAUAUAUUUUUAAUUUUGUGAUUUUUGACUAAAAGACAAAUUGAAUCUAAAUUUUGAACAGAACAAAAACUCGUGUAAAAAUGGUCAUGAUGCAAUCACCAAUAUCGGAUACUCCACAGCCAGCGAGUCCAAACCAUUCAAAUCCCAGUUCACCGAAAACCAUCAAUCACAAUUUGAUCGACACCAAAUUCCAUAAAUACGACAAUAUUCGACUGGAACGCCCGCAACCCACCAAAUUCGAUGGGAUUUUGCUGAGCCGCUUCCAAGAUCCCGACGACAAUUCCCAUUCGGACGAAUCCAAAAAUCGACCAAUUAUGUUCCCGAAGGAACUGACCGACAUCGAUACACAUGCCAAAUUUUCGAUUGAACGACUGAAACAAUUGACCGAUCACAGCAUAAAUCGACUGAGUCCGUGUGAGGACAGCAAUCAAUCUAGUAAAUAUUCAUUGGAGGCAAAUAAAUACGGCAAUGUUUCGCCGCCGAUGAAGACAGCCCUUGAUAUGGAUACAAAUUUACAUCAUCAUGCGGCCCAGUUGGCCCACCACCAUCAAUUCAUCAAAUAUCCCAGCAAUUCGAGUGCGUUAGAUAUCGAACGAAUUAAAUUAACAAGAACGAUAACAAAUGGUAAAGACUUAUCGGAUUUUGGAUUUAGAAUACAGUUAGGUGGAUUACAUACAAAUUAUGCUCGAAGUGACACAAGAAGUGAAACAAGUGAAGAAUUAAUUGUUGACGGGAAUGAUGAUGGAUCGUCACAUGAGAUGGCAGCAACAAGUGUAUGUCCCGUGGAUUUGACCCGAUCAAUAACAUCGAAAACGGAAUCGGACAAAGCGGCCUGUAGAAAGUUAGCAUUUUCCGUGGAAAACAUUUUAGAUCCAACCAAAUUUUGUAGUCGAAAAGAAAAAUACACGAGACAUUGGCCGAAAGGAUUCGACAGAGACGAUCAUUUGGAAGAUGACAGUGAAUCACAAUCAGCAGCCGAUAUCAAUGAAAUGGAUCAGGACGAAUGUGAUGAUGCAAUGGGCAGUGAUAUGGACGAUCGGGCUAGUGAAACAGAUUCGAAAAAGGAUGAUUCGCGUGGCACAUCAAGAGGCAGUUCAAGUGACGGCAAAGCACAAGGGAACAGCUCUAAACCGAGAAGAGCUCGAACGGCAUUCACGUACGAGCAAUUAGUAUCGCUGGAAAACAAAUUCAAAACGACUCGAUAUCUGUCAGUGUGUGAACGCCUUAAUCUCGCGUUGAGUCUUAGCCUAACGGAAACACAAGUAAAAAUUUGGUUUCAAAAUCGACGGACCAAGUGGAAAAAACAAAAUCCCGGCCUUGACGUUAACAGUCCAACCGUUCCGCCGCCAUCAUCGAGUGGCGCUUUUGGUCCGGGCUAUGCUGGCGGAUUGUUAUAUCCGCAUGCUGUACCAUAUCCGCCAUAUGGACCGUACUUUCACCACCUGAGCGCACAUCAUUUGGGACAUUCGCACACAUAGAAGCAAGUUUUGAAUUAUAGAAAUCAUUCGUUGAACAAGAGCUUUUAGUAUAUGAAGGUAAGACAGUGGAAGUAUUUUGUGGUUCAGCGUGCCAAUAUUUAUUAUGACCAAUUGAAGAUUUGUCUUUCGAAGAUGAGUCGGCACACAUGGAAGAAUGAAGAAAAUUUCUUUGCCAAAGGGUUUGUUAAGCAUACUGAAUCAGAGACUAUUUUCUGGAAAAAUUUUUCGAAUUUUUUCUUGAAGUUUACCAUAUUUUCCUAGAUUGUUCCCAAAUUUUCCUUGGUUU